AUGCAUUCCGAUCGAUCAAGCUUCGAGCCGGUAAUCUGCAUACAUAUCCUCCUGAUGCUUCUGGUUUUUCUAUCGAGGAGCAUCGAGCCAGUCGAAGGUAAAAGGUGCGUGUGCACCAGCAAAGCCUGCAAGGAAGCCGGAGUGGACACGUGUAAGACGAAAUUUUCCUGUUACACGGAGCUGAUAUUGACCGGGGAUCAAGAAUUCGGCGAGAACACCACAACUAGGGGAUGCACGGAGGGUGCCACGCCAUUGUUGUGCGAGACAAAGUCCUGGGUCACGAGGUCGAAGUCGACCGACAACGUGGACCGAUCGUCGUCGUCGCCCGCCUGGAUCCGUAUGCCCUGGCCCAGAUUGAAGUGUUGCGACAGCCACGACUACUGCAACGCCGAUCACCACGUGAACGUGUCCACGUGGAUCCACGACAAAGACAGCCCGGAUCCCAUCGAGACCACUUUAGACUACGCCGGCUCUCUUAAUGGGCUAUCGUCGCAUCGGGACAUAAUGGGAUCGAUCCAGCCCGAUCCAGGGCCGACCGCCGGAGGUCAGGAAUCGUCCGAUCAGCUUCUUCAGAGCCGCGUUAAGCCGCUCCACGUCGCCGCCCUGGUGUUGGCGAUCGCUGCCCUGAUAUCGGUCCUGGCAGCCUGUUACGUUAUUACAAGGUUCCUCAAGACGAAUCCGUACACGAUCGGAAGUGUGGAAUAA